AUGCUUUCACUGCUCCUCCUUGCCGCGACGGCACCGAUAAUCGCAGGAAUCCGAGACGAAAUGCCAUCACCGGCACUGUGGAUGGAGCAUCACCGUCAUCAUGUCUACCAGAAGUAUUCCCAACCAAUACAUCCAUCGCCACUACUGAUUUCUCUGGAUCCGACAAGACCAUCACAUUCACGUAGAUCUCUGAUACCGGUACCUUUUGGCUUGACAGACAGAAGACCCACCUCGGCUUUUCUGUUGCUUCGUGGUGGUGGCUCUAAUACUCCCAAUAUCUACGACAGCGACGACGAGUACGAAUAUGACGAUGAAGAGGAUGAGAUUGACCUGGCACAAGAAGAUGAAGCAACCUCCAUGCACCAAAAACGUCGCGAUCUUCGCGACAAUCUCAACAAAGAGAGCCCCUAUGAUGACCGCGUUCCUCGAAGACCGGCUCCGUACAUUCCCAGGAAAAAGAAGAAAAAGAAAAAGAAUGCAUUUGUCGAACUGGCCAAGUCAUCACUAAACUUAUCCAAAAAGGCAGCCGUGACGACGGUCCAAACGUCUGGCAAGGCUGCCUAUUACCUGAUGCGUCCCAAGUCCAUAAGCGAGCGCGAAAUCUUGGGUGUAUGGAGGCUGGAUCAACAAGUGGGCAUGAAACAAUCCACAGCCAAUAUUGAACUCACAUCACGAGGGCAAGUCAUUAUCCGUAGUGGCGAUGAUGAGACCAUUAUUUGGAAAGCUCCCUUUUCUUUUGUUGCCCCGACUUGGCCACAAUCUUGUCGGGUGGAAUUUGAAGCCCGAGCCUUUCAACCUGCAGGGAGCAAGAAACCUCGGCUUUUCUUUUAUAAGGGAUACCUAGAGCGCAAAAUGGCGGAUUCGUCCGUCAUCAAGAUGUCAGGGAUACUUUAUGAAAUCGAACGACCCAAAUCCAUGUUUGGACGAAAAGA